AGCAAGCCUAUCUCCUCCAAUACACCCUACUCAUAUUCCAAUCUAUCUGUUUACAUCUCUCAAUAUCAUAUAAGAGGGUAGUAUACUUAGGGUCCACACCCUUUAGCCUCUUUAUUUCUGCACAGCUCGAUGAGGAUGUCACUGAUAGCGCCGGCUUAAUGUUUAGCCAUCGUGCUCUCAGGUCUAGAAACCUUGGGCACUAACAGGUACAGGUAAAUGUCAUAAACCCAACUGUGCGCUGUUUAGUUGAAUGCAAUGGAGAUGAAGUCUAGAAAGUUGCUGGUGAGAAGGCAGGGACUUAAAAGUAAUGACGCUGGUGUUGACACAAACCCUGAAGCUGAUAUCACAACACAGAUCACACCUUCACCCCUCUCACCCCUCGCCCGGCUCUAUAUUUACGCCCUGCAUGGGUGUCUCUGCGAAGUGGCAUUCACAGCAGCAUGGGACUGGUGCUACACCCGUGACCGCAGACUAGCAGGCCACACAAGCCUUUGGGCUCUGCUUAUCUACAGCACUGCCAUUUUCUUCAUUGAAGGUCUGAGUGACAAGCUACAGCAGCAACACUGCCCCCUACCUGUCAGGCUGACCGUGUACACGCUCGUCAUUUAUUUAUGGGAGUUUAGCUGGGGUUUUUUGCUGAGGUUAUUUGGGGCCUGUCCAUGGGACUAUUCAGAAUUUAGAUAUAAUUUCGUAGGUCUGAUAACACUUGAAUAUGCUGUCCCCUGGGCACUGGCAGCCCUCAUCGCUGAAAAACAUGUGAUCAGGAACACACUGAAGAUACGACUAGAUAAGUAACCAACAUUAAGAGAACAUCUUUCUUAUUAUCUCAUGGCACACUUGUACUUAAAUUAUGAGUAAUAAUUUACUCAUACAAAGUACUCACUAUCUGUGUUGUAGUAAUAUGUAAUUUGAUAAAUACUGUAUUGGUAGCUAAAUUAUAUAUAGUUUGUAUGUACAAUGCGGCUAAGACCAUGUUGUAAAGUCCAUAAGGGCAGUGAAUGUUGUCCUCUGUUUCUACUGUAUCAAUCCAUAAAUGUGACUAUACCAUUUGAUUUAUGGAUUGCUGACAGAUACACUACCUACUAGUAGCCUACAUUGUCUGCAAGUACCAAAUGUCUGUGAAAUUUAAAAAAUAAAAAUAAUUAAUUUUAUAUUUUAUGCAUGUGCACUACUCGAGCCCUCACUAUGAGGUCUUCUGUCAGACAGUUUUAAAGAUGCUGUAAGUGCUUUAAACCAUCUUGCUAACCUCCACUGACAUUGACACUUAAUUAGACCCUGAAUUUCGACAUGAUCCAGAUGAUCACAGAAAUCAUGAAGCAUUUUGUAUUUGAAUGCAUGCUUUUCUCCUUUGACAUCUGUUAGGUGUUUAUGCCUAGGGCUCCUACAGAGAGAGCUGUGAUUUGUCAGUGAAGAACAUUUUUGUGCAUUUUUUUAACUUGAAACUCACUUGAGUGAGCACCUUUAAGAUUGUAUUGAUGUAUUAGUAAUAGAGUAGAUGUAAUAUUAUUCUAAUGUAUGUAAGUGAAAGAAACUUAAAGGAUUAGUCCAUUUUCUUAAAAGAAAAAUCCAGAUAAUUUACUCACCACCAUGUCAU